GCCGCGUCCCCAAGACGCCGGGGGCACGCGCACACGCCCUGGGCGCCGAGCCCCAGCCCACGGAUGACCCCGCGCGAGGCGACGCGCCCCUCGUCCUCUGGCCGGGAUUCUCCAGAGCAGCUCACAUGGGCCGUCUCCGCAACGCCAAAAUCCACGUGGAGAAAGCUGUCAAGCAAAAGAAGAUUUUUAUGAUCCAAGGCCGAUACCCUGUGAUCCGAUGUCUCUUACGCCGGAGGGGCUGGGUGGAGAAGAAGAUGGCCCACCAGGCAGGUGUCACCCAGCUGCCUCGCCAAAGAGACGUGGAAAAUUCAGUGGUGGGCGAUAGCGACACUGCCCCAGACGAGGAUGAAGAAGAGGAUGAGACAUUCCAGCCAUCACAGCUGGUUGACUUCAAUGGCUUUCUGGAGUUCGAUGACUUGGAUGGAACACAUGCUUUAAUGUCCCGCAUGGUUCGGAACGAGACCCCUUACCUUAUCUGGACCACACGUCGGGAUGUGCUGGACUGUCGCUUCCUUGCCAAAGAUCAGAUGAUAAACCACUAUGCCCGCGCUGGCUCCUUUACCACGAAGGUGGGGCUGUGUCUCAACCUCCGGAAUCUGCCGUGGUUUGAUGAGGCUGAUGCUGAGUCUUUCUUCCCACGCUGCUAUCGCCUGGGUGCUGAGGAUGAUAAAAAGGCCUUCAUAGAGGACUUCUGGCUGACAGCUGCCCGCAACGUUCUCAAGCUGGUGGUGAAGUCAGAGUGGAGGCCGUACUCUGCCCAGGAGGAAGGGAAAGAGGCCACAGGAGAUAAGCAGCCUAAGAAACAGGAGAAGAAGCCAGUAGCGGUGUCACCAGAGUUUGUGGAUGAAGCCCUGUGUGCGUGUGAGGAGCACCUUGGCAGCCUGGCCCAUGCGGACAUUGACAAGGACACAGAGGCCCCGCUGUACCUGAGCCCUGAGGGCUGGGCGCUCUUCCUCCAGCGCUAUUACCAGGUGGUCCAUGAGGGGGCAGAGCUCAAGCACCUUGACACUCAGGUCCAGCGCUGCGAGGACAUGCUGCAGCAGCUGCGGGCCGUGGUGCCCCAGAUGGACAUGGAAGGGGAUCGCAACAUCUGGAUUGUGAAGCCGGGAGCCAAGUCCCGUGGACGAGGCAUUGUGUGUAUGGACCACCUAGAGGAGAUGCUGAAGCUGGUGGACUGCAACCCCAUGAUGAUGAAGGACGGCAAGUGGGUUGUACAGAAGUACAUCGAGCGGCCCCUGCUCAUCUUCGGCACCAAGUUUGACCUGAGACAGUGGUUCCUGGUGACAGACUGGAAUCCACUCACUGUGUGGUUCUAUCGAGACAGCUACAUCCGCUUCUCCACUCAGCCCUUCUCCCUGAAGAACCUGGACAACUCCGUACACCUGUGCAACAAUUCUAUCCAGAAGCACCUAGAGAACUCGUGCCACCGGCACCCCAUGCUGCCACCAGACAACAUGUGGUCCAGCCAGAAGUUCCAGGCCCACCUUCGGGAGACAGGCGCCCCGAAUGCAUGGUCCACUGUCAUCGUGCCAGGCAUGAAGGCUGCAGUGAUCCACGCGCUGCAGAGCUCCCAGGACACUGUGCAGGACCGGAAGGCCAGUUUUGAGCUCUAUGGUGCUGAUUUUGUAUUUGGUGAGGAUUUCCAGCCCUGGCUGAUCGAGAUCAAUGCCAGCCCCACCAUGGCACCCUCCACGCCUGUCACUGCGAGGCUCUGUGCCGGGGUGCAGGCCGACACUCUGCGUGUGGUCAUCGACCGCAGGCUGGAUCGAAACUGUGACACAGGAGCCUUCGAGCUUAUCUAUAAGCAGCCUGCUGUGGAGGUGCCACAGUAUGUGGGCAUCCGGCUCCUGGUGAAGGGCUCCACCAUCAAGAAGCCCCUGGCCCUGAGUCACCGACGGACAGGAGUCCGCCCUGUGCUUCCUCAUCUGCUGACCCGGCGAGGCUCUGGGGAAGCCCAGGUAGCAGGAAAUGUGAGGAAGUUGCCCGAGGUUGCAGUGCUUGGAAGGGGCAAAGCCGGGAUGCAGACCCAGCCCUGCCCCCUGUCCCCAGCCUCCAGCCCAGGGUCCGGCUGCCUGCACUGCGACCCUGUGGGCGGGGCCUCCAACCGCAGCUCUGUGCGCUGGUGGGCUCCAAGGCCCUGUCGUCCACAGGCAAGGCCUUGCUGACUCUGCCUAUGGCCAAGGUUUUCAUUUGCCUCCCACCCAACCCUGCUGUCAAGCUGGUGCCCAGCAUUCCAAAGCUGAAAAAGGAACUACACAGAUGAGAAGCUGACUCUGGAAGACGGAGAGCUUGGGAUCUGGAGAGCUUGGCUUGCCCAAAACCUCGUGUCAGUGAGUGGAAGGUGGAGGCCUUCUGCUGGCCACCAGGAGCCCCCCAGACCCAGAGGACAAGCUGGACUGGCUGGGUGACAGGCACUGGGACAUAAAGACAGGAGGGGUGGGGCAGGAUCACCUUGCCUGAACUCAGCACUCCUCCUGAGGAUGAGUCCAAGUCCUUCCCUUCCUCUGUGAGGAGUCCAAAUCUCUAAGACUGAAACCUUCAUGCCACACCCACAUUACAAAGUCCAGCAUCUCCUGGUGGUAGUAGGUUGAAUGGUGCCCCCAAGACACAUCUAAAGUUUGACUGUGUGCUUGGGUGGGGUCGUGCAGGUGCAGUUCAAUUGAUGAGAUGAGAGCAUCUGGGAUUAUCUGGAGGUCCCCCAAACCCAACAAGUGUCCUUGUAAGAGUCAGAAGAAGCCGAGCUGAUGGCAAACUCCUCUAACCCCAGCACUUGAGAGCCUGAGGCUAUUUCAAAUUUGAGUCCCAUAUAGGUGACUUAGUGAAACUGCCUCAAAAGGAAGCUGGUGGCUAGGAUGUAGCUCAGUAAGAGGCCCUGGUUCAAACAUCAGUACCCCUACCCCGCAAAAAAUCAGAUGAGAUGAGGCAAGGUGCAGGGAUGGAAAAAUUCUAUUUUCAUCUUCCCUGGUUGGGUCUGAGAUUAUAUUAUGUGAGACAUACUAAUAGGAGAAAAAGGUAAGAAUUUAUUUAGUAUAAGCUCAUAUGACAAGGAAUCCUCAUAAAUGAAGAACCAAAGAGCGAUUACAAUCAGUUACUUAUAAUGCUGGAUUGAACAGAGAGUAAUUGUAAAGAAGCAAAUUAUUUAUAUGGACAGUCUUACUUUUAU